CAUGCAUUAGAUGGCGUUGCAGCGACCCUGCAAGAUUUGGCGGUAGCAAUGUCAUGUCCGGUGUAUGGACUACAGUGCACCGCAGAAGCACCACUCACAAGUCUGCAAAAUCUGGCAUCCUUUUACAUCCAAAAAAUCACUGACCACUAUCCGAUGGGAGCCGUCCAUCUAGGUGGCUACUCAUUUGGCGCCUGCGUCGCCUUUGAGAUGGCACUACAGCUGCAGCAAGCGCAGCGCACCAUCGGCCAUCUUGUCCUGCUGGACGGCUCGCCAUUGGACACUGGCGCUAUCGCGGGCAGGUACUGGGGACGUGCACGCAGAUAUGGUGUCGCCUAUGAAGUGGAGUUCUUGUCGAGCGUACUGUGCAGCUUCAUGAUGCUCUUCAUGACUGUCGACUUCAUAAAGGUGCACGGUGAACUGCUGGCGGCAGACUCGCAGGAAUCGCGGGUAGCUUACGCUACCGAGGUGCUCCUACAGACCGGUCUCUUCCACGAGUGGAGCGGCCUGGAGGAAGCUGCGUGGUCGUACUACAAGAAGCUGAUCAUCGCUGACCGUUACCAGGUGGAUGACCAUUACCAUGGCAACAUCACACUGAUCCGGACGGAGCAUGGACACGAGUGGAGCGAGGGACGUGGAGAAGAUUAUGGUUUACACAAAGUGUGCGACGGAGUGGUGACAGUGCACAGGGUAGCGGGAGACCACAUGACUUUCAUGGAAGGCGACCGGGUCGUCGCCACGGCAUCGGCGAUCCUUGGUCAUCCGGCGCCGACUGAGGCAUGUUGAUGCAUGGCGUCGUCAUAGUAACCUGUAGGUGUAAGCUGCGGCAUCUACCGGGAGAUGUGUGCGCUGAUUCAUAUGUGCAAGAA